CUCGCGCAUGCGCAAUCCCCAGCGGAGUGACAGAGGCACGAUGGCUGCAGAAAGUCCUUUUCUGCUGUCUCUGGUGGAGGAAUUUGUCUCAGGACUUCAGGACAGCAAGGCGAAGGAUACUGCGACAGCUGUCAAAGAUGGACAGUUUACCGUCCUGCAGCUGGUGGAGGCACUCGGGCAGAGCCUUACCAGCUCCCAGCCUCACACUCGGGCCCGAGGGGUCCAGCUGCUCUCUGAGGUCCUCCAGGACAACUACGGGGCUCUAACAGAGAGAGAAGUCGAAUUGCUCCUGGCCUUCUACGAAAACCGCCUGAAGGACCACUACGUCAUCACGCCGCCGGUGUUGCGAGGGCUGCUGGCGCUGACUAAAUCCAGGAAGCUGCCUCCUGGUUCAGCUGUGUCGAUGCUGAGGUCUGUGUUUCAGGAUGUUCACGUACAGUCUCUGAUGCUUGCAGAGAGAGCGUGUGUCUACAACAUGCUCAUCAACCUCAUGGAAAGCAGGGAAGACGAAUUCUUCCCUCUGGUUUUGGACGCUGUGCAGCAGGAAGGAUUUUUACUCUUAUUGUUUAACUUUUCAUCAGCUGGUGUGACGCGUAACCAUGAACUGAAGGGUUUGGGCGCAGAUUUUGUUUUUGGUUUCGUCCAAUCAAUGGACGGCGAGAGGGAUCCCCGCAACCUACUACUGGCCUUCCAGAUCGCCAGAAACAUCCUUCUGCGGGGAUACAACAUGGGCAAAUUCACAGAGGAGCUGUUUGAAGUGACGUCCUGCUACUUCCCCAUAGAUUUCUCCCCGCCACCCAACGACCCCCAUGGCAUCACCAAAGAGGAACUGACCCAGGCGCUGAGGGCCGUCCUCACUGGGACCCCCAAGUUUGCAAAGUUCCUGCUGCCGCUCAUCAUCGAGAAGCUGGACUCAGAUGUCCAGAGCGCCAAGCUGGACUCGCUGCAGACCCUGGCUGCCAGUGUGGGACAGUAUGAGCACGGAGACUUAGCUGAGUUCCUGGAGGGACUGUGGAGCUCGCUGCGCAGAGAGGUGUUUCAGACAUCCAGCGAGAAAAUCGAGGCGGCAGGCCUCGCCGCCGUCGCCGCACUCACUUCCUGUCUCUCUCGCUCUGUUCUCAACUCUGACUCUGAAGACUCCCUCAGCUCCUUCCUGGGUCUGGUGCUCAGAGACUGUAAGCACCACCUGUUUGAGCCCGACUUGAAGCUGGUGUGGCCCAGCGCUAAGCUACUCCAGGCCGCCUGCAGCGCCUCCUACAGGGCGGCCCACAGCAUUACAAGUGCUGUGGUGCCCCCUCUAGUGGAGCAGUAUAACAGCAGAACGCAGUGUUCCCACAGGCGGACGCUGCUGGAGGUGGCACAACGAUUCAUCCAGUCAACUGCUUCAUGUCAGUCUGUAGAUCACGAUGAGAGCUUGUUUUCUGCGUAUAAGGACUCCCUGUGCAGCUUGGUGUUCUCAGCUCUGUCUGAAAGUAACUCCAGUCUGCAGAUCACGGCCGCCUCGGUGCUCACCUCUCUGGCCCAACAACCAGGUCUGCUGCUGGACUCUGACAUCGAGCUCGCCGUGGACCACCUGACCAGGCUGCUGCUGACGGAUGAGGAUGAGAGAGUCAGUGUGGCUGUGGUGGAGUGCGCUGGAGCCUUUGCCGAGCGGCACCCUGCUGCCUUCAUCACCAAACUGAUCCCAACGCUGAAGAAGGAGAUGCUUUCUGACCGAAGAGAGUCGUCUGAGCUGCAUUCCCAUCAUGCAGUGCGUCAGCGCUGCCUGUCCGCGCUGGCUGCAGUGUCCGUCCGGGCCAGCGUCGUCAUGGAGAGCGCGCCCAUCCUCCUGGACGUCCUCGGCUCGGCACACGCAGAUCCUGAUCGUUUCUCCGUGGACGAGGUGGUGUGCGCCUGCCUGAGCUUGCAGAGGAUAGCGGAGCGGGUUCAGGACGGCGAGGACACGAGCCGAUGCUUUCAUGACGUCAUCGUCCCACGCCUGCUCUCUCUGGCGCUCCAAGCUGCGCUGCAAAACGACGGGUCAUCUGGCCGUCGUAGUCCGCUGGUAGAGGAGGAGGUCCUGUCUUCCAUGGUUCCUGUUAUCAGCACCGCCUUCUCUCGCCUGCAAACGUUUGCAGAACAGACGGCCUCCAGGGCCGUGUCUCUCUUCCUGGACGGAGACGUCUCGUUUCUGCCCGACAACUCCUUCCCACCGCGCGUUCAGCUGCUCCAGCAGCAGCAGGAGGAUUCAUCAUGGUGUCAGACCCAGUUGGUGUGUCUACUCAUGGCCUGUGUGUGUUCGUUACCUCGCAGCGUGGCGCUAUCCCAGGAGGAGCGGCUGCUCUCGGAGCUGGAGGAGCUGAGCUGCAGCUGCAGACACCCGUUCUCCUACACGUCGGCUGCCAAGUGCUUUGCCGGCCUGGUCAACAAGAAGCCUCAGGGGCCUUCUCUUGACAGGUUAAUUCAGGGAGUGAUAAAGAGAGUGAGCAGUGAGUUGGACCGACCCUCCUCCCCUCUGCGCACUCAGGCCUUCACACUUCUGAUCUGGGUUGCCAAGGCUCUGCUGCUACGAUACCACCCUUUAUUUUCAGCGCUAACUGACAAGCUCUUCACUCUGCUCGACGACGCCCUCCUCGGCCCAAUGGCUGCUGACAGCUUCUCGCUGCUGAUGAGCGACUCUGCCGACGUCCUGAACCGCGGUUGCCACGCCGACGUCCGCAUCAUGUAUCGGCAGCGCUUCUUCAGCGAGAAUUCUGCCAAGCUGGUGCAGGGCUUCAACGCUGCGCCGCAAGAGAAGAAAGCCAACUACCUGAAGGCUCUGUCCAACAUCGUCAACAAGUUGCCGAAGCAGGUCCAGGUGUCUGAGCUGCCCGCUCUCCUGUCUCUGCUGCUGGAGGCCUUGACGUGUCCUGACGAGGGCGUCCAGCUGUCCACUCUGUCCUGCCUGCAGCCCGUCCUCAUAAACCCCCCGCAGGUCCUGGUCCUGCAGCUGGAGGCCCUGGUCAGCCGGCUGCUGGCCCUUAUUGGCAGUCCAGCCAUGAAAAUCCGCAUGGCCUCCAUACGAUGCGUUCUCGCUCUCUCCCGUUUCCCGGCUCACGAGGUGUUGCCAUUCCGGUCACGCGUUCUGCGAGCGUUGGCUCCGCCCCUGAAUGACAGGAAGCGGCUGGUGAGGAGAGAGGCGGUCCAGGCCAGAGCGGAGUGGUUCCUGUUAGGAAGCCCUGGUGGAAGGUGAUCUCUGUUUGUCCAUAAAACCUCCAGGACCAAGUAGCAGAGCGAUCUGCCUCCCUUCUCCUCCUCCAUUCAGGAAAGUGUUUGCUUCAGCGGUCUGACUGCGCACACACACACACACACACACACACACACACACACACACAC